AUGGAUCUUGAAACAGUAUCGUAUUCUGAUUAUGUUCGACAUCGCUAUCGUUAUCACCAAAUUCGUCUUGCACACUAUGAAAAGAUGAAAAACGAGCAAAAGCGAACCACAGAAGAACAAUUAUUACGUAAAUAUGAAAUUUUACACAAUCAAUAUUGCGUAGAAGAAACUAUUGAUGAAUCUAAUCAAAUAUCGAAUGACAGAAAUAAUUUUGAUUCUAACUUAUCAUGGUCUGAUGUUUUUAAUUUGGUUGCAACACUUGAACAAUCACAAGAUACGACUACAAUAUCACGUAUUCAUAAAUCUUUAGAAAUCAUAUUUCAAGAACAAGUACGUACACUUGAUCAAUAUUUGAUAUUGAAGAAUUAUGGUGAAGAAAUCCAAAGUUUACUUGAAACAUUAAAAAUGAAUGGAUUUGAUGAAUUAUUAAAUGAAGAAAAUAAUGAGAAAAACAAUUAUCUUGAAUUACUAAGCGAUGUCAUUUCUUUUGUGUCUAGUGGUCUCACAGAUCGACAAGUGUAUUUCGCAAACAUUCUUCUUUCUAAUCUUCCUCAACUGGAGAACAUGUUAUUUCAUGAUAUUCCUCGAACAGAGCUAUGUAUUACACAACGUUAUCGACAAUGGGCUCUAUUGUUUCAUUCAGAUAGACAUCGUGCAAACCCCAUAUUCGAUGAAUUAAUGAAACAUAUUAAUUCUUGUCGAGAUCGUUAUCUAUCAGAAAUUUCUUCAUUUAUAGAUAAAGCGAGUGUUAUACAGAAUGACCUGGAAAAAGGACACAAUCAUGCAGCUUUGGCCCAAGAUUAUAAAAAGCGUUUUAAAUCUGGUCGUGAUGGAGAAUUAAAUAUUGACCAACUAAAACGAUUAUUUUCAUUUGAAGCGCUUGUUGCAUUCGAACAUUAUCGAGCUGCACUCAAAUCUCUUGGUAAAAUAAGCUUCAAAGAGGAUGAUAUUAUUCAACGUGCACAAAUUCUUGAAUGGAUGGGUUUAAUGAUGCGUCUAUCAGGACAACAUGAUGUUGAAGCACAAUUAUAUAUUGUUGCGGCAAUCUAUAUUAUUACACAAGCAAAUAUGACUGAACGAUUAUUUCAAAAAUUACGGCAGUUACAGGGAGCUUUAGAAAAAUACCAAGGCUUAACGAAGACGACUGCUGAAGAAAAUAAUGCUACUGUAUCUGCGAAUGCACAUCGAGAAAUAGUUUUGUGUACCGAUCCGCAGUUAUCAUCAAGAGAAAUUCUCGAUGAAAGUCAAAUAUUUAUUCGACAAACUAUUCUUCGAAAAUGUGUCCUUCGUAGCGCACAAUUAACUGAAUUCAGUGAUGAGAGUAGAUACGUGGAAGGUUCAGAUUUUCUCACAUCUGCAAAUCGGGCUAUGCAAGUCGCCGGUAUGGCAACACAAUUAGCUGUAGGUGUGAGCAUUCCAAUAAUCGUUAAAGCUGCUUCAUGGCUAUACAACAAAUUCGUAUUUAGUUCUAAAACUAAACGAUUAUUAACAGAAAAUCUUUCUCAUGAAUACGAAAUUCGUGAUAAUUUAAAUAAAAUGAUGGAUCAAGCGAUUAAACAUUAUAAUAAUGAAGAAUAUGAUAAGUUUAUUGACUUUCUAUGUAAACCUUAUUAUGAAGAACGACGAUUAAUGGAUAAACGAUCAGGAAGUGAGACAAUCAGUAUCGAAAUUCGUGUCGACCAAAUUAUAGAACCUUUACUCAAACAUGGUUUUCGAGCAGAUAAAAUUGCAUAUCUUCUCAUUUUAAUCGGUGAAGUUCUUCUUCGUGGUGUUGAUUUUCAUGAUCCACGGCGUACAAAUCCUGAACAUACAGCUUUACUUGAACAGAGUAAAAUUCUUUUUCAAGGAACUUAUGAUAGUCCACGUUUAUUUGAAGCCGCUGAGAAAUUCGAUAAACAUAUUGAAAGUUAUCAUCAUCAAAAACUUGGUCGACUGGUCUCCAAAAUUGUUAAUCCAAUUUCUGAGAAAGACAUUGCUGAUGCACGCGAAACUCUAGUCACCAAUCGUUUAAGAGGAUAUUAUAGACUUGCACGUCUCAACUAUGCUAUCGCUUGUCUAUUAGCUGGAGGUAAAGAAAAUUACGAACGAUGUAAAGAAUCAUUAAAAAAAUUAAAUGCAUCGGAAAACGCAAUGUGUGAUCGUUUCUUCUAUAUACCGGAUGAACGUAUUCAAGCGCUUGAAGAUCUUUUGAGCGCAUUUGGAAUGGACAAUGAUAGUUCAAAUUCCACUAACCUGACAAAUAUACAUGCUAUUGAUCAUAAUGAAUCAUUCGAUCUUAUUAAUAUUGAGUAUCUGAAAAACCAUCUUGGAUAUAAUGCUUGUCAAAAAAUAAUAAAGAUGAACGAUGAAGAUGAUCAAUUAGUACUACUUACUCAGCUCAUGCCAAAUAAGCAUGGUUUGAAUCAUGAAAAUUUAAUUGCUCAUAUGUUGAAUAAAUAUAGAAAUGACAAUGAGCUUAUUCUUGCAUUUCUACGACAAGAGCAUGUUUCAAACUUAUCUGAAUGGGCAAAUCAAUCUGAUUCAACUAAACAUAUAUUCCGACACCAAGCUUAUUUACCGAUUCUAUCUUCAUUUGCCAAUUUAAAAAUAUAUCCAUGUAAUGUCAUUCCUGACGCAAAAUAUGGAGUAGUCUUCACAACAUCUCACGCUGUAAUAGAUUAUACAUCUGGAGAAACUGAAGUGUACGAUUUAUAUGUAGUUGUUCUUCCAGGACAUGAUCGUAUCAGUCAUGUAUUUACCGUCGUUCCUGUUGAAAUAAAUCAUCUACAUUGGCAAAUGGAAGACUUACCAAGAAAUCAUCCGUGGCGAGCAGAAGUUCUCCUACGAAUUGCUAAGCAUUAUGAGGACGAAGCUCGUCAGGAUGAUAAGAGAAAUCAUUUAGCAGGUAUAGUGAUGUGUUGUUUAAGUAGAUUAAUGUAUAUAUGUCGUGCCGAAGUUUAA